ACAACAAAAAUAAAAAGGAAAGAAAAAACAAAUUACGAACGAACACGCGUUUUUCGCGAAUAAAACUAGAGAUUUCCGGCGCGGCAAGGACGACGGAAAUUGACGGAAGCGCGACGGAAACGAGCGAACUCGCGUCGCCCCGGCGACAUUGGGCGACAUUUGUCAACGAGUAUUGACUGGUGGACCUUUUUAUCAUCGAGCGAUUUUCGCUGAUUUGCGAGGUACGCAUAUUAUUUGCGGCCGGUCCGGAAAAUUUCACAUCUGAUUCAUAUCGAGCGACGUUCGACGUUACGUCCGUGUGCGCAUUACACGCCAUAAUGACGCACGCACAAUCGUAACGCAGCGCGAUAAAUCCGACGAAUCGACAAACCUUCACCGAUUGACCCGACUAGCCUCAGAAUUUGCGCGAGAAGAUGCCGCCGACGAUGCCGCCCGACUCCCAUCAAAUUUCACUAAAAAUCAUAGAGGCUAUUAAGCAACACCCAGUGCUGUAUUGUACCGAGGUGAAGGGCUUGUCGAUUAAACUGCAAGAGUUUAAGCAGAAAGUUUGGAAGCGCAUCUCAGACGAGCUUGGACUAGAUCCAAUGUGGGUGAGAUUGAAAUGGAAAAAUCUUAGAGACACAUAUUGCCGUAUCUUGAAAUAUAAGAAUAAAACAGAAGAGGGUGUCAGAAGGAAAAAAUGGAUCUUUGAGGAUUAUUUAAACUUUUUAAAAUUUCCGUACGAGGUGGAUUAUCAGCCGCAAUGUGUAGAACUGACUAAGGAAUAUAUACAAGACAUAAAUUCGGGUGAAAUAAGUUCUGAAGGUUUGCUGGAACAAUUAGAGGACCGAAAUGAUGAGGACUAUAGCGAAUACUUGGAGAUUAUAGAUGACACAGCAGCUGAUCCAGUUCUUGUGGAAUCCGAGGCGGUAGAAACUUUGGACAACAAUGACGUGCAAUUAGAUACUCAGAAUAUAGUAGUUGAACAAGACAUGACACAGCAGGACAUUGAUAGUUAUGUCCAACAGAUACAGUCAAAGUAUCGAAAGAUACGUCCAAAACGAAUGAAGGUCGACCAUCCUCCAUCUACCUCGAAAGCAUCCUAUAAUGUAAUAAAAAACCCUUCCUUUAAAGCUAAUAAUGCAAGUGCACUUGAUACUGGUUCAGUAUUUAGCCCUAUUUUCAUAACCAGCCCGUUAACUAGUACACUUACCUCACCUAUAAAAGGAUCGAGCAAUGUGAAAGAUAAUGACGCCGCCAAUUUUGAACAAGUUUAUUUGGCACCCGAGAGUAAGAGUAGUAUAGAACUAUUUUUCGACAGUAUGGCGCAAACGGUGAAGAAGUUGCCGCCAAAGGCACAGGCGGAUAUCAAGAUGAACAUCUGCAAGAUUGUUACAGAGACGGAAGUGCGGUAUUCUGGCCAGAACAAACCACAAAGUACACAACAAUUUAUAGCACCGCCUGGCAUGAUACCUAAGCUAGUAUUGAUACCUUGUAACAUGAUAGAUAAUCAAAAUAGUUCAGAGAUCAAAGAUGAUGAUCAAGAUAGAAAAAAAUAUAGAAAGUUUGUAGACACUACCACUCAGGGACAAAAAGCAUUGAAAACUUUACAACAAGAUUGGAAGGCAUUGAAAAAAUAUCUGUCUAACAGAAAGUUUUCAGAUUUUGAAAGUUUUCAGACGGGAUAUGAAAUAAUUCCUGACCAGUGCGAUAUACUCAUUAUUGGUGGUGGUGCAAUAGGCAGUGCAAUAGCAUACUGGUUAAAGGAGACAGUGCAUAAAGAAGAAUUUCGUGUUGUUGUAGUUGAAAAAGAUCCCUCGUAUGCCAAAGCUUCCACAACUCUUUCGGUUGGUGGCUUGCGCCAACAAUUUUCUCUUGAAGAAAAUAUUCAAAUGUCUUUGUAUGGUGCAGAAUUCUUACGAAAUAUUAAUGAACAUUUGAGUAUUCCCGGAGAAGCACCCAUUGACUUGAAUUUUCACCCCUAUGGUUAUUUAAUUUUGGCGACCGAGGAGGGUGCUGAAACUUUAGUACAAAAUUCUAAACUGCAGAACUCUUUAGGAGCGAAAAAUGCAGUUCUUACUGCAGAGAAAUUAAAGCGCACAUUUCCUUGGUUAAAUACUGACGGGAUUGCGGCGGGUUGUCUUGGACUGGAAAAAGAAGGAUGGUUUGAUCCAUGGUCCCUCUUGUGUGCUUUGAAAAAGAAGGCUAGUCAUUUAGGUGCUCAGUACAUCAACGCCGAAGUUAAGGCUUUUCAGUAUAGUAAGAUUCCAGCUAGUUAUGACAAGUACAUGAAUCCUCUCCAAAGAUUAAGUAGUGUAGUGGUAAAAACGAAUAGCGGUGAGAUUAGAAAAAUACAGUUUUGUAAGGCUGUAAUAGCUGCAGGCGCGUUUAGUGGCGAUGUAGCUGAAUUGGCUGAUAUCGGAACAGGCGAAGAAUUAUUAUCUGUACCUUUACCAGUGGUACCCAGAAAAAGAUAUGUAUAUUGUUUUCAUUGUCCAGAUGGACCUGGUUUAAAUACACCUCUAACAAUUGAUCCUAGUGGCACAUAUUUCAGACGAGAAGGUCUCGCGGGUAAUUAUAUCGGCGGAAAAUCACCAGAACUCGACGAAGAGCCGUCGGUGGAUAACUUAGAUGUCGAUCAUGAAUUUUUCGACAAUAAAGUUUGGCCUGCACUCGCUCAUAGAAUACCAUCAUUUGAGAAUUUAAAGGUGAAAUCUUCGUGGGCUGGAUAUUACGAAUACAAUACAUUUGACGAAAACGGUAUCAUUGGUCGGCAUCCUUAUCAUAAGAAUUUAUACAUAGCGACUGGUUUUAGUGGACAUGGUAUUCAAAAGGCACCCGCAGUAGGACGUGCGAUAUCAGAGCUGAUGUUUCACGAUUGUUUUACAAGUAUAGACUUGUCCAAAUUGAGUUUUGAAAGAUUUUUAAAAUCGGAGCCCAUGAGAGAAGCUAAUGUCUUUUAGGUUUCUUGGGAUAGAGAAGUAAUAAAAGCAAUUAUUAUAGACAUACAUUGCUUGGCUCACAAUUAAAAUUCCUUAUAUAUGGAUUAGCGCCAUAUUUCAAUAGGAGAACACAUAUUUCUUUCGCUUUCAUCCCAGGUGUAACUACCGCAGUAUGUAACGCUG